AUGAAUACAAACAAGGAGAGAAGAAUGAUGGUUCUGAAAAAUAAAACUCUUGAGGAGAGAAGCAAUCAAAUGGGCUUUAGAAAUGAUAUAAGAAAUCUGACAAGAAGAUUGGCUGAACUGUAUGCUCUGCAGAAGAUUUCUGUGGGUGAAGGAGAUGAAGAAAUGGGUAGCAAGGUGAUUACCUUGGUGGGAGAAAACAGAGGAGCUGCCAUGGAUUUGAGGUUUAGUACUGAUGGGGAAGAAAAUUACAGAAGAAAUCUUCAUUCUAAAGGAGCCCAACUCAAUGCUUUUGUCAACAGUAAUGUUCAGAGUGCUAAUAACUCUAUUUUGUAUGAUAGCACUUGUACUUACAGAGAUCCAGGGGCUCAAUUAUCUCUUUCCAAUGCUCCCAAGGAUUCUGUUUAUUAG